AUGGACAGUAAGGACAUAUUAAGACUUCUAAUUGAGGAUGAUGAUCUAGAGUUGUUAUUUGAUGAGAAUGAGCACAUGUAUACUCUCAUAGAGGAAAUGUUUGGAGUGACAGAAGCUGGUACUGAUAGACAAUUGGUCAGGACAAACCGAGGCGAAGGCUGGCGACGUGUGCAACGUUUUAUGUUCGAGUCUGAGGUACAAUGCUAUGACAUUCUACGCAUGAACCAGUCAACAUUUAGGAGUUUAUGUAAGAUACUAUCGGAAAGGUAUGGGUUAGUGGAGUCGUUUAACAUUUACCUCGAGGAGAGUGUUGCCAUGUUCCUGGAGAUGGUUGGACAAGACUUAACUAUACGGGCUAUAGCAGAGCGUUAUCAGCAUUCAUCUGAAACCGUGGAUAGGAAGAUUGAUGAGGUUUUGAGUUCUGUUUUGAAACUUGCAGCAGACAUUGUGAAGCCGACAAGGAAUGAGUUCGCAUCUGCUAGUCCUUUUCUAGUUGAUAAUCCAGUGUAUUGGCCUUACUUUAAGAACUGCGUAGGGGUUUUAGAUGGCACUCAUAUUCCUGUUCUUCCACCAUCUGGGAAUGUUGAGCCAUUUAGAGCAUGA